CGGGUUCGUCAUGUCUGAAUUUGACACGCUCCAUCCAAUCGCGUUAUUAGGUUUCAGUAAGCCAUCCCAUUACUCGAAGGACGAUCGGUUGGCAAUUAACCCCCUAUUACCGCCUUCCUUAUCGGCUGCUAAUCAGCCUGUUAUCAAGGGUAAAGUCGUCCAACUUAACCCCAUUAGAUCUACAAAAGGGCGGUCUGCGGCCAUACGAGACACCGAGCUUCGUCUGCCUCGUGAGGCGACCUAAUCCCCUCUCGCCUCUGGCCUGUUCAAUUGUAUCACUAUCGCCAAGCUUCGUCUCUAUGGCUUUAUCUAUCACAGAGCUUAUUCUGCAUCUUCAUCAAGCAGGUACCAUGAUCUGCAACGUGUGGCACCCCAAAGAAGAAAAUCAUGAUGGGCCUUCCAUUUCCGAGCGAUUUCUUCUGGACUCUCGACGGAGGCCCACUGACAUGUGGGUCCGAACUCAAUGCCUGAGACGACGGCCUCUCGCCUCGCCCCUCGCCUCCGUCGCCGAGAGAUAAAUCCCCAAAUCCCUCAGAUCAGUCUCGAUGGCGGAUCACGUUGCUGGCGGCGGAGGAGGCCAUGGCCUGGGCGCGGCCAUGGGUGCCGGCGGCGGCGACGACCCACCACCGCAUGACAACCGUAGUAACCCCCCUGGUUUCCAGUUCAAGGACUGGAAGAAUGGCAACGUCAAUACGUCCAGACCAGCUAAGGUAUCGAUAAUUGACGAUGAUGCUCAGGUCAUUGUAUAUCUUCAGGAUUCUGGUAUGGUCGAUGGCUCGGUACGUUUUACUAGUGAACGUUUAUGUUACUUCUGUCUACUUCUUACUAAUGUAAGAAAUAACCGGUCUACCCUCUGUCAGGAGCUUACACUUUAUACCGUACCAGCAAACUAUGUUAUCCAAAGUGAGGCUAAAAUGAUUGCCCUUCGUAGCACAAUGAAUCACUACAAUGCGAUGGCUGUCGGCCGCCGCAAGUACCUAUACUUGGCUGUAAAAAGUAUUCUUGGGGAGGGCAGUAAAGGUGAUGAUAAGCUAUGUCAGAAGUUAUUGGAUCAGUUCCUUGAUGACAAGAAGAGGGUAUGGGAGUACGUUUGUGAGAUCAAGCCCCCUAGGCCAAAGUUUUCUCGUAUGCCAGAAGUUUUUGAUCAUUUGCCUGUUGCUAAGCCUGAAAAACGAGUUCAGAGGUAAUAGUUCAUCCAUUAGCGGCCUACCUAUGGUGUUCUCUACGGGAAGAAGUAGUCCCCCUUUUGGCUCUGUCUAUUGGACGAAGUCUUCCGUUGAAAUUUUCCCAUGUGCAGGCAUUAGUUUAGGUUUAGUGUCAUCUGCUACGUGACUCGCUUUCGCUCAUGAUACCCUGCGCUUCCUUUUCCAGUUUAUUGGCAUCUUAGAUACUAUUGUAACUAUCUGGGGGUGUUAUUCAUCUUACUCUCUGUUAGAUUGUCUGGAAUCUUUUAUACUCACCGUAGUGAGUGUUAAACUACGUCUGACAGAUGCAAAUUUCUGUUACCGUUA